GGGUACUUUUCCCGUUUUUUCUCUCCCCGUUUCCUUCCUCCGGCUUCACUCUCCAUCUUCCUUGCUUCCUCCGAUCUCCGUGACAGGUCUUCUCUGUGUCUUGGAAGCCAUGGGGUUCGAGAAGAUCAAGGUCGCCAAUCCUAUCGUCGAGAUGGACGGGGAUGAAAUGACGAGAGUUUUUUGGCAAAUGAUCAAGGACAAGCUUAUUUUUCCUUUUCUGGAGCUUGACAUAAAGUACUUUGACCUUGGACUUCCUAACCGCGAUGCUACCGAUGACAAAGUUACUGUUGAGAGUGCUGAAGCCACUUUAAAGUAUAAUGUGGCUAUCAAAUGUGCAACUAUAACACCUGAUGAAGCCCGUGUUAAGGAGUUCAAUCUGAAGGCUAUGUGGAAGAGCCCAAAUGGCACAAUCAGGAAUAUUCUAAAUGGCACUGUAUUUAGGGAGCCAAUUAUUUGCAAGAAUGUCCCAAGACUUGUGCCAGGAUGGACAAAGCCUAUAUGCAUUGGAAGGCAUGCUUUUGGUGAUCAAUAUCGGGCAACUGAUACGGUCGUCUCAGGACCUGGAAAGCUUAAGCUAGUUUUUGUUCCAGAAGGAAGCUGUGAGAAGACUGAACUAGAAGUAUAUGAUUUUAAGGGUGCUGGAGGAGUUGCUCUGUCAAUGUACAACACUGAUGAGUCGAUACGUGCAUUUGCGGAGGCUUCAAUGGCCACAGCUUAUCAGAAGAAGUGGCCGCUUUAUCUCAGUACCAAAAAUACAAUCUUGAAGAAAUAUGAUGGGAGGUUCAAAGACAUUUUCCAGGAGGUCUAUGAGAGUGAGUGGAAAUCCAAGUAUGAGGCUGCAGGGAUAUGGUAUGAGCACAGACUUAUUGACGAUAUGGUUGCUUAUGCACUCAAGAGUGAAGGUGGAUAUGUGUGGGCCUGCAAAAAUUAUGAUGGUGAUGUGCAGAGUGAUUUCUUAGCGCAGGGUUUUGGAUCUCUUGGACUAAUGACAUCUGUGCUGGUUUGCCCUGAUGGGAAAACAAUUGAGGCUGAAGCUGCUCAUGGAACAGUUACUCGACAUUAUCGUGUCCACCAAAAGGGUGGUGAAACAAGUACCAACAGCAUUGCUUCAAUCUUUGCUUGGACACGUGGUCUUGCACACAGGGCCAAGCUUGAUAACAAUGAGAGGCUUUUGGAUUUCACAGAGAAAUUGGAGGCUGCUUGUGUUGGGAUUGUGGAGUCAGGAAAAAUGACCAAAGAUUUGGCUCUUCUCAUCCAUGGACCCAAGGUUACUCGAGAGUGGUAUUUGAACACACAAGAGUUCAUUGAAUCAGUUGCAGAGGAGUUGAAAGCCAGACUUGGUGUCCAAGCAAAGUUGUAAUCCCCACCUUUUGUUUUCUCAUCUCAUGUCAUUUUAAGCGCAGGAACAGGUGCGCGUAGAUGGUAUGGCGCAAUCGACUAAGUUGGACUAUUGGAUACCAUCUGUGAGUGAAGGUGGUGUGGGCAAAUGAUUGAUUUUUGUCAUCGCUUCGUGGACGAAGAGGAAUAAUAGAAGCGGUGCCUAUUAUGUUGGUGACUUACCUUGUAUUAAACAUUUUGCCAUGUAUUUUCUUGGACACUUAAUGUUCGUCUCUGAA